GGGUAGAGAGACACCGGGUAGAGAGACACCGGUAGAGAGACACAAGGUAGAGAGAUACAAGGUAGAGAGACACCGGUAGAGAGACACCGGGUAGAGAGACACCGGGUAGAGAGACAAAGGCACGCACAGCUGCAGUGCUAGAGGCGCCUUGCACGGUGGGCAGAGAAGGAGGAGGAGGCGAGGCGAGGGCGUCGUAGCGGUGCCAGAGCGCCCUGUGGAGACGUGAUGAGUACCGCGUGGGUGAUUGGGAGGGCGCCGCAACUCGCCAUGAAGUAAAAGGAGCGCAGUCCGAAGCGUCCCAGCCCGAACGUCAACCCCGGAGGAAGGGGCCCUCGACCCUGCCGGCCCUCUGGCUCCACAGUGGGGGGGUAGGGGGGGGUGGGGAGAGGGGGGCUCGCCACGACUCCACGCGGCGCCAGCAACAUGCGCGACCAGAUGCUCAGGUGGAGAAGCCUCGUCCUGGUGUGUCGAGCCUUCUGCCUGGUGAGAUGUGCCAGCAGGGACUUGGACCACAUCGACCCACCCCGAGUCCCACUCAUCGCGUCGCCCUUCGAGGCCGCCAAAGGUCUCGUCUUGGCCGACGCGGCCGGGAGAGCCGAGCAACCACAGCUGUCCACCGCCAGCACCACCACCACCACCACCACCGCUCACUGCAGGCCGGUGGAGCGACGUCCGCCUGCGCUCGAACCGGCACCGUCGUGGCUGCAGGAGGCGCUUAGGUGGGGGGGUUCCGUGCCGGCCCCGGGCCGGCCACGACCUCGGAGCAAGCGGCGGCCUGCGGUGAAGACGGGCAAAGUGAAGAAGAUGUUCGGCUGGGGGGACUUCCACUCGAACAUCAAGACGGUGAAGCUGAACCUGCUCAUCACGGGCAAGGUGGUGGACCACGGCAACGGGACGUUCAGCGUCUUCUUCAGGCAGAAUUCCACGGGUCAGGGCAAUGUGUCCGUGGUGCUCGUGCCACCGGGCACGGCCGUGACCUUCGAGUCACCGUCACCAAACAACGCGUCCGACUUGAAGAAUCUCGUCCCGCCGCCGCCGCCGUCAUCCACCACGACCGCGUCAUCCUCCUCCUCCUCAUCUUCGACCUCGGCAUCCACGGCAUUCAAUUGCCGCGUGGAGUACGAGAAGGUGGAGCACGCCAAGAAGACGUCGCUCUGCAGUCACGACCCGUCCAAGAUCUGCUACCAGGAGCAGACGCAGAGUCACGUGUCGUGGCUCUGCUCGCGCCCCUUCAAGAUCAUCUGCAUCUACAUCGCGUUCGCCAGCGCGGACUACAGGCUCGUGCAGAAGGUGUGCCCGGACUACAACUACCACAACGAGACGCCGUACCACCCCUCCGGGUGAACUCGCCGGGGGCAGGGAGAGGGAGGAAGAGCGAGCGAGCGAGCGAGCAAGAGGCAAUGGGGGUUUGUAGCUCAGAGGACGAAACCGCGGACGGACGGUGGACCAAUUGAGCCGUGAAUUAAUUAACUCAAUGAUUAAUUAAGUCAUUGUAAUGAGCAGGGCUUUCAAUUUCUCACCUGAAUAUCCCACCCCUACCUCUCCCCCCAGAUACACUGGAGUAGGCGGCACGUGACUAGGAGCGCUCACAGCCACGGCGAGAGAGUAUACCGCGGCGAGAGAGUAUACUGGAUGUGGUGCGCCGUGGUGCGGAAAUAUGUUAUCGGGUCACGGACGCGGACAGCCCCCUGUUGAAAUGAAGCCCUGAUAAUCGUUACUAAGUUACCGUUUUAAUUGCAACGGUAAAUUAAUGUAAGGGUGGGGAGUGGCGAGAGCGGUGAUAUCUGAAGGAGACUCUGGGCGUCCCCACUUCGCCUCUAGCCCGCGUUGACCAAAGUGUGGUCCAACAACCCCCAUGACUGACACGUCCGUCACUGCUCAUGGGGAGGCCGUCAUCCGGCAGUGGAUUGGCAAAUUGACUGUGAAUCUUUAUUAUUACGACUAGUAUUAUGUGCUGCAUGUAACAGAGCUUGGGCACGCAUUGGAAGAGGUCGGCUGCCCUGGUGAGUGUGCCGCGUUCAACGAGCCCACGGACUGCGUCUCGCACGAGAGAAACCUCUUCGCUAAAUAGUCGAGGCAAGCGAAGCGGUGAGUGUGGGAGCGAGGCCGUGAGAGGACGCGGCGAGGGAAUGGAGGACUUGCCAGAGACGGGGAUGUCCGUCUCGUCGUGGUGGGAGACGACAAGAGCGUCGCGGGUGAUCAUGGACACGCGGUUUAAAUUCCCUGCCAUGCGUGGGGGUGACGAGUUUGUCGUUGUUGUUGUUGAUGAUGAUGAUGCACUUACCAUGAUAAGUAAGCAACAAAAUGUGAUAGGGUAAGGGGACCUUGGAAUUCGUGUCGUCGAUUGUCAACGCAUGACGAGCAGCGGUCAGUGAAUAUCCACGAGACGUAAAAAAAAACACAGCGGCAAGAGGAAGCGCGUGCCCUCUAUAGCACAAGAGUCAAAACACAGCGCUGAACUUCGUAACGCCGGCAAGCGACACAAACAAGAAACAAAAACCAUGCAUACGCGUGGAUUCCGUAACGUUUACCCAAUAGCGUGCGUUUCUCCUCGCAAGUACGCAAACGUUAUCCUGCUUGCCGCACAAAAAGACGAAGGCGCCUUUCGAUGAAUACGGUGGGGGGGGGGGGGUUCUUCAACAAGGGUGGGUUCCCCUAAUAGCGACGCAACUUUACACUCAACGUUCAUUAACAUUGGAUUCUCUUUACGAACGUUACGUGGUGGCCCACCGCUUACGCACGGACGAACGGACAGAGGUACGGACGGACAGAGGCAAUGUAUCCACGCGUUCCACCUAUCGUUGGAACCAGAGCGGACACGACGUUUGGCACGUGCGACGAUUCAAUCGGCAUGUACAAGGGGAAUGCACGCACGACGGGCGAGCGUGAUUAAAAGCAGCCCUUCACAUUCCAGACUGGGAAGCGGUGAGCAUCACUCACGCGUGAGACGUAAGCUAAAAAGAGGAAACACGGAACUGAGAAUUACCGUAUUCUCCAGAUUAUACGACGCACAUCGCCCCCCACCCCACACCCCAUGUAUUUUAAAGCAAACGUUGGGGGUGCGUCUUCUAAUCCGGUAGGCGCGCGUGUGUGUGUAUGUACGAGACCAUAUUUGUAUAAACUCUAUUGACACCGGUCACAAAGCUUGGGGUGCGUCUUACUUUCCGACGUGUCUCAUAAUCCAGAAAAUACGGUCGCAGUAAUAACCAAGACCCGACAAGUUCAUCACGAAUAAUGUCGUCGACGCAGCCCCCAACAUCACCACCGCCGCCGCUGCCUCGCCAUCGCUUCCUUCCAUCUGCCAGUACUAAAAUGGGGCACUACUUAGGAAUGAUGGCAAAUGCAACGAAAAGCUUUGCCGUGCGCGCGCGCGUGUGUGAGUGUGCGCGUAUGCGCGCGUGUGUAUGUGUGCGUGUGUACGCGUGUGUGUGCGCGUGUGUGCGCGUGUGUGUGUGCGUGUGUGUGUGUGUGUGCGCGUGUGUGUGUGUGCGCGUGUGUGUGCGCGCGCGCGCGCGUGUGUGUGCGCGCGGUAUCGCGCGUCCCAAGUUUUAAGAAGGGGAGACUAAAUACAUUCACGUGUCCGCACUGGGGGUUCGCGUGAGUGAUGUUGCCUUGUGAGAGUUGAAUGUCUCCCGGUUUCGUCGGGGCGUUGAAGUCGCGGCCCCCCGUGUGUGUAAAUAUUUCAACGUUCAAGACAUUAAUAGCGCGGUGUGUACGUGUGUAUGUAUGUAUAUAUAUAAUAUUUAUAUGUGUACGUACACACGAGAAUCCUACCGUGAACACCGUCAAGGCUUGGUGUGGCUACGUGGUGGACAGACAGAUGGCAGCGCGCGGUAAAAUAUAAUUAUUGUACCGCACUUCUACCGCGUCCACGCCAAUUGCUCCCCGCCAUCAGAAAACCACGCGGAACAUGCGUGGUGAAGUAUGGCCAAGCGACGGCCACUACCACCCCGGCACGGCGUGGGGAGGAGGCCCUCAUCCAGCAGUGGAUUUGUCAAUGGGCUGUCUAUCUACAAGCAUACGCGCGUGCGUGUGCACAUGCGAGACGAGACGGUGGAGACAGAGAGAGAGAGAGAGGGUGGGAACACGAUUACUGAAUAUAGGGUCCCUUAAUGACCGAGCGUCGAGGUCUCUUUGAAGGUCCAUUUGCGGCAUUCGUAGCACCAGAUGGCAGCCACCAAGGUCAAGCGGGAGUCACCCACAAGAUCAAUCCGCGGCUUUAAAGAAAGAGCGAUUGUUUAAAUUAGCCUGAUAAAAACACACACACACAAGGAGGAAGAAGACAAACAAAAAUCACACGGAAGCAUUCAAUCGACUGCCGCGAUUCGAUUCAGUUGGGGUCGAUUGUUGUUGUUGUUUUUAACGAUACGUGACGUUGAUUAUUAGCGGCGUCUCGUGGAUGCCCAGUGUCACGUGAACCCACGCCAGAAAACACAUUAGCAGACGAGGAAUAGUUGGAAACAAAACUCCCCAAAAUCAAUUCCUUACCACGCGCCAUCCGAUGCACGCAUCGUGAACUAAAAUAAUCGAUUUUAAUCGGUGACUGGUGCUACCCUGCUACACCACUCGCGCCGUGAAAAUAUGUGCGACUGAUGACAAUAUAAUCCAUAACAUAAAACAUGUUGGAACAUUAUGGGUCUAUGGGACAUUGUGAAACAUCAUGAGUAAUGGAUUAAAUUAAAUAAAGCACCCCAUUUAUAUCUCUAAAUAAAAUUGAAUAAAACUAUUUUAGAGAAGUGAAUUGGCAUUCCAGACGUAUAUAGCCUGAGCAAAAAUAAUCAUCCACAACAGCCCUUUUGUCAAUCCACCGCUGGAUGAAUGUCACCCCACGCCGUGUUUGUCGGUCCAGGGGGUUGUUUGACCAUAACUUCACCACGCUGGACAGCUCGGGUUGGUGAAGGAGGGUGACCAAUGCCAGGUCGGAUAUGGCUCGCCACUGAUGAUUGUAGCCACCGCUGUCGCGAAACCGCUGCGAAACCGCUACGCCAUCACUCCGCCCCGGAAUUGAGAUCGCAGAAGCGUUUCAUUAAAGCACGGGGAUUCUGGACCGAUUUCCAUACCUAUUCGGCGCUCGUGGGGAGUACCAGAGCACUUUUCGAUCACAUCUCAUAAACAGGUAUUGAAUUGUCGCGUCCGAUUGCCGAUGAGCGCUUAAACCGAAUGCUGCGGGUUCACUUGAGUGUGGAAGGCCGAUAAACCGAACACACUCCUUGCCCUUCAUCAUCUGUUUGGUUGCACGGCGUCGGUGGAAGUGCGGGUGUUGCUUUUUGAGUUUUGUCUGGCAGUGAAUCGACCGUCGCUGAUCACGGUAAACUAUACACUCCUCUCGUUGAUCUCGUCCAGGACCACAAAGCACCAGGCGAACUGCAGUCACCCUGGCAGCAGCAGCAGCAGUGGAUUCUGGUUGCCCAUCGUACAAAGACGGCGGUCCCCGCAUCACGCGCUUUGCCCGAUGUGUUUCCGCGGCCGUCUGGAACGCUCUUCCUUCCGAUGUUAGGAAGCUAUGCACUUUUAAAUCGUCUAAAUUCAACACUCAUUUCUUAACAACUGUUUUCGGUGCUUAGUUUGUUGCCCGUCUCCCGCACCUCCGAUUACCGUGGUUGACCACGCACGGAGCGAAAGAAAUUCAACAUACUGUACUUACAUACUCUACGGUUUGAUUGGCGGUGGACGGACGGCGGUGGUUGCCCCUGUUUAAUAAUGUUCAGCGUUCUCCGGAUUAUUAAAGACGCCCUUUUUUCCGUGUAUCGGGAGAAGCGUCUCACAAUCCGAGUGUGUCUGCGCGUGCCUAUGUGGAGCGGUGGCGCAGCGGUUAGCGGCCCUGCGCUUCGAACCCGGCGACACGAGUUCGAUUUUCCGCUCGCGGCCAACACCGGUGACGAUGAUCUGAACCGGUCCUUGGCCUCGCCCCUGGGUCGACUCGGCCUCAAAUGAUUACCUGCUACGGUGUACAAACAUCGCCACUGGGGAGACAAAGGCGGUCAGGCAUGAUGCUGCUGGCCCUUCCACUCCGCCGCGUGCCGUGUCGGCUUUCUGAGAUGCUCUCACGAACAGCACUUGCCCCAACAGUCUGUUAAAGGCGACACGGGGGAUCUUUGUGUGAGAGAGAUCCAGAUUUGAUCUUUGUGUGAGGAGAGAGAUCCAGAUUUGAUCUUUGUGUGAGGAGAGAGGUCCAGAUUUGAUCUCUGUUUGAGAGAGAUCCAGAUUUGAUCUCUGUUUGAGAGAGAUCCACAUUUGUUCUUUGUGUGAGGAGAGAGAUCCAGAUUUGAUCUUUGUGUGAAGAGAGAGAUUCAGAUUUGAACAGCAUUAUUGACACGGGGGUACGAGGCCAAGGUACGUCUAAUUUUCCAGAGGAGUCGUGCGAUAUGCGGUGCCAUUGGCCCUUGGGACGCGCAGUAUUGGCAGUGACAUGUAUGCACUCCGAGAGGCGUCACGAUCACGAGAUACGAUUCACUUAACACGUUGGGAAAUUUUGCGUUGUAAAUAUAUAUUUUUGAGAUUUUGUUGCCCGAAACAUACGUACAUUAUAUAUGAGAUGUAUCGUGCAGCGGGGUGUGAAUUGUGUAAAAUGACCAACCGAUUAAAGAUGCACCUUGAAACAAA